CUUUGGACCUUCUACACGGAAUCUUGUUUGGCACAAGACAACAACUACUACAACAAAAAAACUAUGGAAGAACUUUUCUUGUAUAACAGCAGCAAGACGACAUCGAAACUUGCUUAAUUUAGAGGAAGUGGAUAAUUUAGAAGAAGUGGAACUUUUUUCCGCGGACAUAGGAAUAGACACAACACUCACCUCCAAAGAAGACAUAAAGAAGCAACAGUCUGAAGUUAAAGCCAGAAUAUCGAAAGAAUUCGAAGAUAUUUAUGGAGAAAUCAUAGAAAGAACACCACUAAAUCAACCCAUUAAGCAAGGAAUACCUUAUACUUAUCUAAAUCGUCUUUUAUAUCUGAUCAAGACGCGAGAGGAAGCUGAAUUAAUCCCAAGAGUUAUUUCAAGAUGGCGAAAAAAAGUUUAUCCAAUGUCUGAAGCGACCACUAGAUUCGCUAUCGAGAAUUGUGUAAAAGCGGGUGCCAUUGACAUAGCAUUUCAAUUACUGACCGAUCGUCUGAGAUACGGUCAGCUUCCAACACAACGACAAUUCCGGGUUCUUAUGAACGCAUACGCUAACCGGAUAAACGAAAUAACUAAUAGGAAUCUUGCCAGCGAUGAUAAUAUCAGCAUCAGUAAGAAUACCAAAAACAUUAAAAACAGAAAAAAAUCAAAUCCUAAACAACUAGAUCAAGCAGAGAUUGAGGACACAAAAAAGAAGACAGAGAAAAAUGAAGAACAAGAACCAUCAUCGCCGAUGGAACUUUUGGAUACCGUUUAUAAAGUAUUUGGGUUGAUGCCAUUUUACGAUCUUUCACAAUUCGAUCCGCAUGCAUACGCAAUACUAAUUAUGGCGUCGACAAAGAUUGACUCUGACGUGGCAUGGAGCAGAGCAGACGAAACAACCCAAGAAUUAAUAAAUCGUUUGAAAACUGAAGACAUUAAAAUUGUUGAAGCACGCGAAAAACAUGACGAAGAACGAAAAGCAAGAUUGUCGGCGUGUAUAGAAGCAUUCACUGUUAUGGCUAGUGCUUAUAAGAAACGAGGUCAAGAGUCAAUGGUGGAAUCUUUAGAAACUUUUAUUCAUGAUUGGGAAUCUCAAAUGCACUAG